AUGAUAUAUCCAGGUUUAAUCAGAGCAAUAGAAGAUCAAGAAGCUAGCUUUGGGCAAGAAUCAACGACGACUAAAGAAGUUGAUGACAUUUUUUAUGAUAAAUUUGAAUAUAGUAAUGAUACCAAAACUCAUCAAAUUGUAUGCACAUCGAAGCAACAAGACAAAGAAAAUCAUUAUGAAAUACACAACACGCUUUUAGAUAUUUGUGGUAACACAAACUCGAUUGAACAAACACAAUAUGAUGAUGAUGGUUCAACUCAAAUAAUCCCAUUGCGUUUACAUAAUUAUACCAAUAAUUUAUCUCAUGAUUACUGUACAAGCUUUGCAUCGCUCGCACGUCACGCAAAUCUAUCAAAAAUACAUAUAAAUGAUUUUUUAUCUUUUAUUAAAUCAGGAUUACCUGUUCCCAAUAACAUGCCAUCAUCAGAAAAGGAAUUACUUUAUAUUCUUAACGUGCAGGACUUAUUUACACAGCAAUCUGUUUGCUUAUUAUGUUGUUGCUAUUUUGACUAUGACUUGAAAAUGUGUCCACAAUGUCAGUCAUCCGAUAAAAGUUCAAUUGCUUACAUAUAUGAUAGUAAUGUGGAAACAAUUAUACAAAAGAUUAUCAUUAGGCUAUCAACUUGUGUUGAUGAAUAUAAAAAAAGAAUAAAUAUUAAUGAUGAUCAAGAAACAACAAAGGACAUCCCAUUUGGAACUUUGUAUCAAGAGUUAUUAAAGAAGAAUGGUUACAAAGAUAUUAUUAGUAUGUUGUUACAUAUAGAUGGAGUAAGCAUAACAAAGUGUAGCAAGUUAAAAAUGUGGAUGUUUAGUGGAACUAUAGUGGAAUUGCCUCCAAAAUUACGAAAUCGACGAUGCAAUAUGGUUCUUAUCUCAAUUUGGGUCGGUUAUGUUGAACCAUCUCCAACAUUAUGGUUAAAGAAAGCAGUGAAUAAAUUAGAAACGAUUAAAACACAAGGUCAACAUAUAAAUAAGAAACGUCAGUAUUAUUAUGAAUCAAUUAAUUUACGUACAGCAGAACAAUAUUUGAAAGCAUCAAAGAUAGCUGAACGUACAAAAACAAAUGUAUAUGGUCAUUAUGGUAAUAGUGCACUGGAAAAUAUAUUGGAUGUUCCAUUACCUAAAGGCAUUGUGUUGGACUAUUUACAUGUUAGUCUUUUGGGGCAUGCAAAAGCAAUCAUAUUAUCCAUUUAUCAUCAACUAAAACCGGCACAACGUGAACAAUUUAAUGUUCAAUUAAAAAGUCAAAAGUUUCCACAUUUCUUUCAGAGAAAAAUAAGAACGAUUGAUAAUUUUGCCUUCGUAAAAGGAACUGAAGUUCGAAAUUUGUUAUUCUAUGGUUUAUUGCCGCACCUGAAGUUAUUUUUAUCAAUUGAACAAUUUUCUCAUUUGAGUUUAUAUAUUUGUGCUAUACGUUUAUUGCAUAGUGGUCAUGUUUUUGGUGAAAAAACACGUGAAAUUGCUGAUCCUUUAUUUUCCAUAUUUUAUAAAGAUCAUGAAUUAUUUUAUUUGGGUUUACAAAAUUUUAAACUACAUUUACAUGCUCAUUAUGCAUCAAUAUAUGAAAGUCAUGGCUCACUUAGCAACUUAGGAUGCUUUGGCCAAGAAGAUUUCAUUGGUUCUGUGAGUGCCAAUUAUCAUGGCACUCGAUAUUAUGGCAAUUCUAUAACUUAUUAUUACAAUAUCGAUUUCUUUAUUCAAAACAAAAAACAAGAAAGAACAGUAACCAAUGGACCUUAUGACUUGUCUUCUACGUUGGCAAAUGAUUAUGAACAUGUAAAACAAUUUCAUACUAGUUUAUGCAACUGCAUUGAAUUGACUUUGUGCUGCAUAAUUUAUCGUCGAUUCAUUAUUCAUAAUGAAAUGUUUCAUUCCUUAAUAUAUUAUAAAAGACAAGAUUCUGUUAGUUACUUUGUUCAAUAUUCAUUUAAUAAUGACGUUCAAGAUACUCGCUUCGGUGCUAUUGAAUUAUUUUUUAUUUUUAACGAGCUUGGCUAUGCUGUUAUUAAACAUCAUCGUAUUAAAGAACUGUGCAGCGAUAUUUUCAAAGCUUGUUAUUAUUAUCAUUUAUUAAAAAUGCCAAUAGAUUCUCUAUAUUUUAGUUUAGAAAAAAAUGAUUGUGGAAUCGAUAUUGUUCGAACUGAUAAUAUUUUCAACCAUUGUAUCGUUGUUGAGAAAAAUGAUUGUUUAUUUGUUACAACAAUCUCAUCCUACAAUGAACAUGAUUGA